GGGCGGCGGUGGGGCCCCGCUCCCCGGCCCCGCGGCCCUCGCGGCGCCAUGGGGCCGCUGCUGUGGCUGCUGCUGGUGCCGCUGGGCGCGGGCUCCGCGGCGUACGAGGUGUACGUGGAUGCCCGGCGAGCCGAGCGGCCCCUGCAGCACUUUUGGAAGAGCACUGGCUUCUGCCCUCCUUUACCUCACAGCCGUGCUGACCUGUUUGACCUGAGCAAAGAUCAAGAGCUGAACCUUGCCUACAUUUCUUCUGUUCCACAUGGCGGCAUUGAACAAGUUCGGAUUCACUGGUUACUGGAAUUAGUUGCUCUUAGAGUGGUGAAUGGCAAACUUAACUAUGAUUUUACUGCCUUGGAUAACCUUAUGGAUCACCUGUGGGAAAAUAAGCUGAUUCCAGGAUUUGAAUUGAUGGGGAAUCCAUCAGGUUAUUUUUUAGAUUUUGAAGAUAAAGAAUGUGUAGUACAAUGGAGAAACUUAAUUACUGUUCUGGCCAGGAGAUACAUAGAUAGGUAUGGAUUGGAGCACGUGGCUAAAUGGAAUUUUGAGACAUGGAAUGAACCAGACCACCAUGACUUUGACAAUGUGUCUAUGACAGUAAAAGGGUUUCUCAACUAUUAUGAUGCUUGUUCAGAAGGAUUAAGAGCAGCCAGUCCUUUUCUAAAAUUUGGAGGGCCUGGGGAUUCCUUCCAUCCCUUACCCAAGUCGCCCAUGUGCUGGAGUCUUCUGUGUCAUUGCUACAAUGGGACCAACUUCUUCACAGGGGAGACUGGUGUAAGGCUGGAUUACAUCUCUCUCCAUAAGAAGGGAGAUGGGAAUUCUCUCUACAUCUUGCAACAAGAAGUAGAAGCAGUUCAACAAAUUCAGAAGCUGUUUCCAAGUUUUUCUUCUGUUGCCAUAUAUAAUGAUGAAGCAGAUCCAAUGGUUGGAUGGUCCAUUCCACAACUCUGGCGAGCUGAUGUGACCUAUGCAGCUAUGGUUGUAAAGGUAAUCAUCCAGCACCAAAACCUGCUCAUUUCCAAAGCUAACAACACCAUCAACUACUCGUUGCUGAGUAAUGACAAUGCCUUCUUGAGCUACUACCCCCAUUACUUCACCCAGCGGACUCUGACAGCACGUUUUCAGAUGAACAAUACAAAACCACCUCACGUCCAGAUGGUGCGGAAACCAGUGCUGACUGCAAUGGGCUUGCUGGCACUGCUAGGAGAAAAGCAGAUUUUUGCAGAAGUGAAGAUCAGUGGAUAUGAAAGUGCUCAAAACAGCACAGUUGGCGUGCUGGCCUCUGUGCACACACCAAGUGAGACACAGCCCUCAGACAGCUGGCAAGCUGCAGUACUGAUGUAUUCAAGUGAGGAUAACAGGACUUCAUCCAACAUCAGCGCUGUCACAGUGAAUGCUACCCACUUCCCCAAACUUGGAGAGCUGGUGUAUGUGACAUACUACAUGGAUAACAACCAAACCAAUCCCUUUCUGAAGUGGAAAAACCUAGGAAGCCCUGAUUUUCCUUCUCCAGAACAGUUCCAGCAAAUAAGGGAUGCUGAGGACCCACUGGUAACAGGCCCGUUCCCAUUUCCUGAAGCUGGCAUCCUGACACUGAAGCAAGACUUCCCCAUUCCCUCAGUCUUUCUUAUCCACAUCUGUGCAAGACCCAAAUCAGCUCCUGAUCAAGUGACUGGUGUUCGUUUGAUCCCUCUCACAAAGGGGCAGGUCAUUGUGCUGUGGGAUGAUGACUGUGUAAAGUCAAAGUGUAUAAAGACAUUUGAAGUGGAAUUCUCGUCAGAUGGAAAAGCAUACCAGCGGAUUAAUGCCAAAGACACAAUAUUCACUCUCUGGGUCUACAGUCCAGGAAGCUCAGUCUCCGGCUUUUACAGAGUGCGUGCCGUUGACUACUGGGGGAAGGCAGGCCUGUUCUCUCUUCCCGUGGGGUACGUUGAAGCUUUCAAGUGACACUGAAGAGUGGUGCCUGGCUUGGUGUCAGAGGGAUGUAUGUUCCUUGCAAAUGACAACUCCCCAGAAAAAGAAACUCCUCCCAGGCUGAGGAGGGCGUAUGGAGACGACCUGAUGAAGUUAGGAACGAAAGUUAGAAGCAACUGCCCCUGUUAACUCUUCACAGCACAAAAGACAGCUUUAUCAAACAAUCACAACUACCAACCCAACUGGUAAGAGGCUACUGUAGGACAGGGAUUCAGCCUGCUAACUAGGAAUUAUGGGAAUAAAUAUUUAUUAUUCCCCAUUUUUCACUGAGCUAAUGGCCAGGGCAAACUAAGAUUUAUAGAGGUCACAAACUGUAGCAGGAACAGAACCAUUUCUUCACUGUGUGAGUGAGGAUGGCAGCAAAAGCACAUGGAGGACCUGCCUUAGCUGCCAGGCUUAAGGGUUAAAGGUUAGCUGCCUUGACUUAAGGGUUUGAUGGAAAAGUGCGCAGCAACCAGACACGUUCAGAGCAUGAGGUAAAGGAUCCCUUAUUCCCUGCUGUCUAGUCACAGUGGGUUAUUUCAGAGCACUUGCCAUGUCUUCAGGUGUAUGAGGUUUUUCACCCUCUCACAGAGGGGUUUCCAUCCAGCUCUCUCAGUAUUUGUGACCAUUACAUGGAUGGCAGAGCUAUAGGCAGAGGAAGGAGUAGCAGCUCAUUCUCAGAGGGGAGAAGGCACAGAAAGCCCUAGCUUCCAGAUUCCCUGCCUUUUCUCUUUUUUGUUUUUGCCCAAGUCACCUGUUUUCUCUUGGUCAGCUGCUGCCUCUUUGUGGUGGAGGCUCCAACCCUGAAAGUCCUUUGUCUCCAUUGCUGGAGACAAAGCAGUGGAGAAAGCAAUGGAGAAAGCUUGGUAUCCUUCAGCCCUUACAGCUAAUACAUCCCCUCACAGACUUUAAGUCGCCACUCAGCUGUACAUGGCCAGGAGAAAGCUGAAACACUAGUUAGAGCCUUUUGUGUUUUUGUAUGACAGGACAGCACACUCUUGAAUGUAGCAGGGCUGCUACUUAUGACACUUAGGAAAUUAAAAAAGAACAGUUUGAGCUCCUGUGCUUUGCAAAGCAUGCGCAGGAGUGUGUGAUAGAUAGCCCUAGAUCACGGGCUACAGAUCACCACUGGCUGUGCUUGCAGCUGCCAAACACUUUAUGUAAACAGCAAAAUUCCCUGAAAUUGCAGGGGUGCUGCUUUAUUCUUCCCUUUUCACAACUGGCACAGUUUGAGCUGUGCCUUUAACAGGCUCACAGAGAGAAGGAUAAUGCCAAUGAAAACAGCUGGAAUGUUUUCCAUAAGAGGAGUGACUUUGUCACACAAACAUCCCCUACUGCUCUCUUUGCUGACAUCAGCCACCUCACCUAGAUAACAACAAAAACUGCAUAUUUGAUGAAACAUUCAGGUCUCGGAGAAAAAGAAGUGCCUAAGUUUUCACAGUAGGAGAGAGCUGAACUACCUCAAAUGCCCUCAACUUUUACAGCAGAGAAAAGAAACAUAUGCAAAAAAUUAGUGCACGUGAGAUGUGGCCUUGUAUCUCCUUACUUGCUGGUUACUUGUUCAUGUGCUUGUACUGAAAAUUAGCCUUAAAAGAUUUAUUGUGUCACAAAAUUCAGAUGAAAUAUUUCUUCCCACAUUUAAGUUUUAAUAAGUGCCCUUGUCACAUUCUAGUCCUCCAAUUCUUUGUCCAUACAGGCAGAACGGAAAAGGGCCACGGGUCCUACUGAACUGAAAACCAUCUCAAUUUAAGAAAAGUUACUGAGACAUUCUACUUGGAUGCAGAUAGUAAAAAUAUAUUUUAAACUUGUAAUAAUUGCCCCUGAGUGAAGGACCAGUGUACACUUAUAAGUAAAAUCUAGCAGUUAACACAUGUUUUGCUAGUAUGAGGUGGAACCACAAAUAAAAUGAUUUAGAGAAAAAUUAGGUAUAGGGUCUUGAGAGAUUUUAGUGUGCCUGAAGCAGGAGAUGUAUGAGCUUGAGUGGAAAGUUUAGUGUGUUAGGAUGUCCUACCUGAGUAGCCCUUCUGCUUUAAAAUUUUAUCACUCUGGCAAUCAGACUAUAGCAGUCUUUAUCAAACCAAGGACUAUGUACUAGUUACAGGUGUAUUAAAAAAAAGAAAAUAAAAAAAAAAUGAAAAAGAAAAAAGAAAAAACAUAACUGUAGUGAAUAGUAUUGAUUCUGUUAUGCAGGGAUGAAAAUUUAUAGAUGUGCAAACCAUGAAAAAUAGAAGAUUUCUUCUGAAAAUCUUCUUUGCUGCUAUGAUAUAAACUCAUUCCUUUGAGAAAUGAGCAUGUAUGGACAAUUCCAGAGAGAAAAGAAGUUGGUAUUUCCAGGUAUGAGUUUAUUUCUAACAAAUCAUAAAAGUUUUGAAAUAGCGUUUUCUUUUUUUAUCAUUUAAUGUCUACAGAAAAACGCUAUUUAGUACUUGAAACCUGAGAUUUCUGUAACCAUAUGUUGCUGACUCUGAUAGUGAUUCCAGAAUAGCAUGUUUAACUAAUCUCCUCUGUUACAUGUAGUGAUCAGCCUCCCAUUUCAGAAGUGCCAAGUAUCCAUAGCACCAGGUAUGAAUAGCAGGUGCUUAGUAGUUCAGUAGUAUCAUAACCAAAGCAAGGCUGCAGAGCACUCAUGUAUGUCUUUUGCUGUUCAUUAAUCCAAAUAAGAAUAUGUAACUGCAACUGCAAUGUGGGAUUAUUUGCCUGUGCUUCAAACAAAAGCUUGUGAGGCUAUAUAACCAUUUUGCAACUUAAAGAACCUUUCAACUGAAUAUUUUACGUUGCCUACUUGUGUAUAUGCUACAUUUGUUACCAUCUUUUGUGAGAGCAAAUAAAACAGUUUUUAAUCUUUCACAUGAA